UCUUUCAUUCUAAGGGGGGCUUAAAAACAGCAGGCUUCUGACCAGACGUUUAGACACAAGGAAUCACUGGAAACCUGCGCUUCAUCCCUUCCUAUACACAAAUUAAACUCCACCGACUGACAAAAAGAAAAGAUCUGGCGGAAUCUAUUUGUGUUUUUGCGAAAGAGGAGAGAAGCAUGGAUUUCAUAAAUCACAACUAUUUGAACGCUCGUACCUCGUAUGACUACACCUUUAAUUUCUGGAACGACUACUUGGGUCUGUCGACACUGGUCACGAAAAAUAACAAGAACAGCAUGCCGCAGAGUCCCAACUCCAUCACGGAGUCCCUGAAAGCAACUCUAGGUUUGGACGAUUCACCGGCAUGUCCCUGCGUAAUCGGCGGCGUAGGUGAAGGCGGACACUUGGACUGUUGCUGUCCCUCCGUCAGCCCUCCGCCUACCUCCAUCCUUGACUUGAAGGAACGCUUUUCCAUUUUCAGCCCUUUUCACAACCAAAGCACCGGCCUCCCCCUGCAAGACAGGGAGUCCGGCUUUGGUGGGAGCCUCUCUGGGUUCGACCUUUUCGGUGCGGAGCGGAAGAUGCGCAAAGCGAGCCCGCGGAAUAAGCAGGAGCCGAGGAUCUGCGUCUUCUGUAGGAAUAACGGAGCGCCGGAGGAGGUGUACGGAUCCCAUGUGCUGAAGACGCCCGACGGAAGAGUCGUAUGUCCCAUCCUGAGAGCUUACACAUGCCCUCUAUGCAGUGCCAAUGGGGAUAAUGCCCAUACAAUAAAAUACUGUCCGCUUUCCAAAGACCAGCCAGCUCAACGGCCGCUAAAGGGAGGGAGGGCAGUGGGUGGUAAGAGACUGAAAAUAUUCUAAAGAAAAAUUCUAAAAUAUGUAAGUCUAAAUUUAACAAUUGCACUGAAGAUAUAUUUUUUCAGAUGACUGUUUUAUUGCGGCUUUCCCCGGUCCAAACUGAUUCACGAUUGUCAUUCAUACAUAUUCAUAAUACUUUCCCAAAAAAAAAUCUAUUUUGUUUUUUUACAGUGAAAUGUAUAUUUUAUCUGUAUAGUUGUUUAUUUUCUAUUAACGCGUCAUUUAUUUCUACCCCAUAGUGCGCAGUUUUUUUAGACUGUACAUUAUUUGCACCUUCAUUCAUAAUCACGUUUUGUUAAUAAAAAAGUAUUUUAUUCAGGGGGGUAACGUUUUUUUCUGGAAAACAAUUUGAGGGAGUAUAACAGUUGAACUCCCAUAAGUACUUCUUCACAGUAAGCGAUGCUUACAUUUUCCUGUUGCUUAACAUAAGAACCAAAGUUUUGUUCGGCAUUAUAAAAAGAAAUGGAAUGUUUCCAGUCUGUGAUAUUUGGAUGCCAGCCCUGUUACUUUCUACGUUGUGUGUGUGUGUUUUAAUUACUGCCCCUUUCCGCUCCAGAGCGCAGUUUCAUUCUCCGAACGCCAUGACAUUUGAUACUCGUUAAGAAGAAGAGAGAGAAAAACACACUUCACACAAAGGGUUCUCUGUUUUGUAACUCUGCGUUGCGGCGAAACGUCACGAUUACCAGUUACAUUGCCAAAAUGCAACAAAAACCAUACAGGAGUUGCUGUCGCCUCGACUUUAAGAAUAGACAUAAGAGAAAUAAAGACCCAGAGGUACUCCUGAUGUUUACAUACAUAUACUGCUCCGGGUGAACACUGGAUUUCGUUUCUUAUGGAGUAUCUAUCCUGCACCGCAUUACCAUGACGACAAUUUUGAUUCUGUUCCGUUUUGUCCAUUUCGUUCCAACAUAGUAUCACAAUAUGGGGAAAUGGUAGCUUACAAAGUAAAAGUCUAGUUGAUAUCGCCACUAGGCUUUUAACGUGAAAUGCUACAAGUCCUAUAGCACGAAUGAAUGUCAUUAAAAAGCUUUUAAAACUGUAUUAUCCCUUUUUGUAUUAUUUACCAGAAUAAAUCCAAAAAAGAUGCAAAAUGUGAAUGUAAAAUAAAGUUGAAAGUGACACUUUGAGGACUGCACAUUUCUGACAGUGAUGUUUACCAAAGGAAUACAAUUUUAAUGAAAUAAAAAGUAAAGAUUUGCUGUAUUGUAUAUAGAAUGCGUGUAAUGUUUAUUCAAUAUUUUAACAUUAUAAUAACUGACUUAAGAGGUCACUACCUCAACAGAAUUUUCAAAUAAUACAAAUUUGUACUUAUAUGUAAAAUGUCAGCAUUUGGAGUUUAUAAAUGUAUAGUGCUACCAUUUAUAAUAAGGGUUUUUAAUAGUAUUUUUUGGAUUUUGUACAACAUAAUUGUAUUUUUCUUUUGUUGCAUUCUACAUUUGGAAGUCAAUUUCCAAUAAGCUACAAGCAUUGUUUGCCAAAAGGCAAGUGUUGUAAAUAAUAUUACCCAUAUGUUAUCGAAGUUGUCGUUGUUUAAUGUCCCACCGUUUUUGGAGAGCGCAAACGAGAGAAUGGACGAGGCUUAAAGAUGAUGAACAUUUCGCCAAUUUAAACUGAGAUUUUUGAUUAAAAACAAAAAGAGUUAAGAAACACUGUUGAAUUUUGUUAUUUAUAUUUUGUCACUACUUUCUGUAAACUGCAGUGCAGAGUAAAGAAAUUAAUUCACUACAGAAAUAAACAACUUAUCAGAUAUUUUAA